AUGGGGCGUCUGGAGACCUCAGACAAGGAGUCUGUGCACUUGGUGGAGAAUGAGAUCCAGGCAAGAAUAGACAACAUAUUCAGCAACCUGGAACGCCUGGAGAUCCUGUCCAGCAAAGAACCUCCCAACAAGCGGCAGAAUGCCAAACUGCGAGUUGACCAGCUGAAGUAUGAUGUGCAGCACUUGCAGACAGCCCUGAGGAACUUCCAGCACCGGCGAUACCUGCGGGAGCAGCAGGAGAGACAGCGCGAGGAGCUGCUGGCACGCACUUUCACCACCAAUGACUCUGACACCUCCAUCCCAAUGGACGAGACCUUGCAGUAUAACGAGUCCCUGCAGAACGCCCAUCGUGGCAUGGAUGAGCUUAUUGGCAGUGGCACCACCAUCCUGCAGGGCCUGAGGGACCAGAGAAUGACAUUGAAGGGCACUCAGAAGAAAAUCUUGGAUGUGGCCAACAUGCUGGGCCUGUCCAACACAGUGAUGAGGCUGAUCGAGAAAAGAGCCUUCCAGGACAAGUACCUGAUGCUGGGGGGAAUGGCCCUCACCUGUGUCAUCAUGUUCCUCGUGGUGCAGUACCUGACAUGA